UCUACGUCAGAAGUGAGCGCCAAUUCAGUUGACAUGCAGAAAAUUUAUCUGUUUAUGAUUGGUUAGAAGUAUUUUAUACCACAUAAAUUUCACUUGCUAAUUUACAGAUUUCCCUCAACACAUGAGAGACCAUUCUCCGUAUGGAAACAGAUAGUAAGUUCCGUUCUAUUAUCAUACCGCCGACUACCAAGCUAUGAAACCCAUUAAGUUUCUCCUUAUCAUCUCAUUGGUUUUCUUGUUUAUUUUCUCAGCAACAAGCCUCAAGUGCUACAAGUGCUACAGUGACACGUCUUGGAAUCAAUGCGACGAUAUCCGAGAGACAGUCACCUGUCCUGACGAACAUGAAGAAGCGUGCUCUAAGGUGCUCUAUAAUCAUGAGCUUCAUGGCAGAAAAACUCACACAAAGUUCUGUGAGAUGAAGUCACAGUGCACGAGUACAAGUAACCCCGUAUGUAAAGCUGCCGAGUCUCAUAACGCAGAGUGCGAGGUUCAUUGUUGUACGCAUGACCUGUGUAACGCUGGCUCAGCUACGGCGAUCAGCGGGAUCCUGCUGGUUGCAUGCGCUGUGUUGUUGGUGGUAUCUCUAUCGCUGGAGGAUGAUUUCAAUCCAUCAAUACACUAGAAUAGGGAACUUGAUGGAGGCUCGAUUUAAAUAUUACUGUAACUCUUUUGAACUAUUCAAAUUUUCUUAGUUGCUUUGUUAAUAAAGUACUAAAUAGUUCCGAUUUGUCAUGCGAGUUGCAAGUGGCAAGUUGGAGUUACGAUUUCGGCGUUUGAGACGAAAGUUCCCACGUGCACUUUUCUUCGCCCGAAUUCAAUUUCAAUUUGUAUUACUUUCUUCAUAGAAGAUGGAGACAUUGGACCACUCUAAAUGUUGCUGCAGAUACAUGGAACUCCUUAGAAAUUACGCUCAGAGAAUCGCCAACAAUAGCGGCAUUUAAGGGUGGUCUUUCCAAAGCCGCACUUUAAUUUGUAGUUUAAUGUAGCAAGCAUGAUGCAUAGUUUUUUUAACAUUGUCUCCUUUUGUUCUUAUCUAUUAAUACGUUUAUAUUUUUAGUUCUGCAUAGUUAAAUAUUAGUUUAGAUUAAUCUCAAUUGAGGACCCUUCUGUUAAGGACUCGGUGACGUAGGUCUCCUCAAUUAAAGAUUAUUAUUUAUUAUUAUUAUUAUGAUGAUGAUGAUCAUCAUCAUCGUCAUCGUCAUCGUCAUCGU